GAACAUGACUUGUAAUUAACUGUUGGCUGGCAUGCAUGAGUAUAUAUAAGUGCCUGUGGGUCGCAUUAUGACCAUGCAUUCACUGCAAAAUUGUUCUCUGGAUAUCAUCAUGAAGAUUUCAGUGAUUGCCACUGUGACUCUGCUAUCUCUCUUGGCCCUAGCCUCUUCUGCUCCUGGCCAUCAUUAUCAGCUGGAUCAGCUGAAGAAUGCUCUGCAGCAACAAUAUCAUUCAGACUUACAAGCAGAUGCCGAGGAGGCUCAGAUGCAACAACGUAGGGUACUUAGACCACUUCCGCCUUGGAAAAAAGUUGCCCAGCUGCAAGAAUUAGAUGGUCUAGCUAAGGAAGCUCGGCAGCAAUUGAAUGGCAUUCGUAACCAUGGCUAUCAGCAGCUGAUUGAUGCCCUUCAGCUGCAACAAGAUGAAUCAAUUGAUGAGCUACUGCUAGCAGUGCUGCAGUCCUUGCUGGAAAAAUGAAUUGGGCAAGAGUAAACGAGAAGUGGGAGUAACCCAACAAGAACACAUUAUAGCUAUAAUUAUUAUAGGUAUAUACGUAGAACUUGAAUUAUAAUUAUAGCUAAACAUGUUAGAAAUCGUAGAAGAAUACUUGUUAAUUAGUGAUAUGAAA